UCAGAAACAUCUAAAUCCAAACGCGGGCGAGGUCGAACAAUCACGCGGACAAAGAAAGAAAAAGAAAAUAAAGUGGAGAAGAGAAGAGAAGAGGAGGAGGGUUUCUUUUCUUAUCGUUUUUGCGCUCUGAUACUGGGCGAGAAUGGACGAAUCCGAACUAUUAGAUGAUAGAACCGUUAUCAAUUUAUAAGCUGCGAAUCGUGGUAGAUUUCAAAUACUUGUCCUUUUCAAUAAAUUGGGGGUUUUGCAUUUGGAAAUUCCGGUAUAUGAUGCUUUGUUCUGCAUUGAGAAGUCAGAUACAGUCAUGGCUUCGUGAUUAUGAUAAGAUUCAAUACCUCGCUGUGAUUUUCAUUUACAUUCAAAUUGGUUGUGCACUGAUUGGAUCUCUGGGAGCACUGUACAAUGGAGUCUUGCUUAUUCAUUUGGCAAUUGCAUUGUUCGCUUUAGUUGCAAUCGAGAGUAGCAGUCAGAGCCUUGGCCGAACCUAUGCUGUUCUUCUCUUCUGCACAAUUUUGCUCGACAUCUUUUGGUUCAUUCUCUUCACACAUGAAAUUUGGAACAUGUCUUCUGUGAUGUAUGGGGCUUUUGUUAUCUUUUCAGUGAAAAUCACAUUAUCCAUGCAAAUCAUUGGGUUCUUCGUGAGGUUAUUGUCCUCAUCAUUAUGGGUUCAGAUGUACAGAUUGGGUGUUUCAUAUGUAGACAGUUCAGCUCCUCGAGAAACUGAUUUUGAUAUGAGAAAUAGUUUUCUAAGUGCUGCAACUCCUGCUAUAAAUAGACAUUCCUCUGACUGCGAUGACGUUUUAGGAGGCUCUAUAUAUGAUCCAGCAUAUUACUUUUCUCUCUUUGAAGAUGGUCCAGGCAAUGGUCAUUCAUGUGGGGGUUGCAAUCAUGGCAUUGGUCAAGGAGGGUCUACAUCUGCUGAUGACGGGGCUUUUCUACUGAAGCCAUCCGAAGGAAGAUAUUCUCAGGUUAUAAAGGAUGAGAAUGUAAUAAGCAAGUUUCAGAGUGUUUGAAUUGGAGCAUUUUGUUGGUGAAGUCUUUUUUUUCUAGUUUUCAAACAUUAUUUCUAUACUCUCAAUUCAGCCAGGUAUGAAAGUGAGCUUUGUACAGUCAGUCACUCAGUUGUGGCAUUCUUUCCGGGAGAAAAGAAAAGAAAAGAUGCUGAUCCCAAAACCGUAAAAGGAGAACCUCAUGUCUUGUCCUCCUCCUCUUGACAUCUAAGGAUUGUGAUGAUGUCGAAGUUUUUUGCUAUAUGUGGAUGCAGUACUGUCAAUUGUCAAUCUACAACAAUGUAACAUUACUGCUAGACUCUCUGAAGGUUUGUGAGCUUGGGGGUUUCCACUUGAACAGUAGACAAACUCUUAGCUCGCUCACUCACUCACUCACAUUGAUGGAUAUGUGAGUGGCAUUGGCAUUGACCUGUUGGCUGCUCACAACACAACACAAGCAAUGCAGUUUUGGUUCAUAAUUGGUGUUCCUGUCUGUUAGUUGGCUUGGGUUGGCUUGGCUGUAGUAGGUUAAGUUAGCAUGGUCAACAUAGUUGGUUCCUAUUUCAUUAUUAUAUAUGUAUUUUCAGGAUAUUAGAGUUUGCUAGGGAUGAGUAAUUGAGUUAAUAUUGUAGGAGUAGACAUUCUUAUGGGAUGAUUUUUGAAUAUUGGAAUUAUAAUUUAUCUAGAAAUAAUCUGAAAAGGUGAUUGGUAUGUA